UCGUAUCAACCCGGAAAAGAUGUUGACGUCAGCUGACCCUGGUGUCCGUUGAAAAGGAGGAUGCGUGAACAGAGACGGGAUUGUUCACGUUUAAACUCGUCACUCCACCAACCAUUACUACUUUCGGAUUUAGGAGCUCCUAAUUUGAACGGGAAUGUCGAUUCCAGCAAAAGACACCAUCGCAAGUUUGGAGAAUUUAGUCGGUGCAAUCUUGCUUAACGACUAGUGAUCAAUGGAAGACACGCUUGCCUUUUUUUGGGCAGCCCUGCACUAACAGUUGAUUUGUUAUGCUUAAUUUGUAAUAACUUCGCAUGUCCACCUUCAAAUUUGAGUUAAUGCGCGACGGAGCCUUCGUUUCGAAUCUAAAGGUGCCGCAAUAGCCACGCCACGUAGCUAGUGAUCGGAUUGCUCCGUUUUGUCCGAUAAAUCAAGAGCAUAUCGGUCAUUAUGUCUCCGAUGGGUAUACGCUUGUCUCCUUUCGGUGUGGCCGUGUUCUGCCUUCUAGCACUCGGCGUCUUUUACCACCUUUACGCCGGUGUCAUCUCCAGCAGACUGGCUGCUUUCAGCCGGAGGAGCAACAUCAAUCUGCGAGAACUUCUGGCUGUAUCGGUGGAGGCGGCAGUUCUUGGAGGCAAAGAGGUGAAGAAGGUGCGUGAUGAAAACGGUCUGAAGGAGAAAUCGAAGGGGAAGACAAAGGAGGGUGCCAUUGAGCUUCUUACCAUGGGGGACUUGCUGUCACACAGAAAAAUGUACAACCUUAUUAAGAACACCUUCCCAGAGAUCAAGGUGAACAGUGAGGAACAUGACAACUUUGUGGAUAAGACUUUAUUGUGGAGUCGGGACAUUCCAGCAGACAUACUAGAAAAGAUCGACGGACACAAGGAAGUCCCUCCUGAGAGCGUCACUGUGUGGAUUGAUCCUUUAGAUGCCACACAGGAAUACACAGAAACCCUGGUCCAGUAUGUGACGACAAUGGUAUGCGUGGCUGUUGGCGGUCAACCAGUCAUUGGUGUCAUACACCAGCCAUUCACUGGCUUCACUGCCUGGGCAGCUGUGAAUGAGGGAACCAAUAUGUUUCCUCGCUCAUCCUACAACAUGGACCCUCCUAAAGUAAUCGUGUCCCGUUCCCACUCGGGACAAGUGCAAAACUUCAUUCAUGAUGUUUUUGGAAACAGCACCACAAUUAUAGCAGCAGGAGGAGCAGGGUAUAAGGUCCUGUCACUCUUGCAGAUGCCUUCAGGUGAUAAAGAGCCCAUGGACCAAGCAGAUGUUUACGUCCACAUCACCCUGAUUAAGAAGUGGGACAUAUGUGCUGGUGCGGCGCUACUUUCGGCACUCGGUGGCCACAUGACAACUUUGGAGGGCGAGGAAAUUGACUACAGUGACCAUCCGCUGAAUGAAGGAGGACUGGUGGCCAGUGUAGGUGUUGACCAUCAGGCCAUCAUAAAGAAGCUGUCAAAACGGAAGACUAAUCAUUAAUUGGACAGCCACUGGUCAUUUGGUCAGGCUUUUGUAUAGCCAGCGAUUUUUCACUACAAACAUGACAGACCUCAUGAGGGGGACACGCCUCUUUCAGCCACAAUUCAAUAACAAGACAGAAGAGCCAACAUGGCUGCCGCAGUGAGCAGCUUUACCAUAUGAAUAUAGUGUAUAGAUGUAGCUUCAUGCAAUGAUACAGUUUAUGUGCAUAUGUUGGGGUCGAACGGUUCAGCAAAUGUGACAGUCAUUCGGUCUUGGAAGACCAGAAGUGCGUCAUUGUUCUCUUGUAUUUCCCUUGAUUUAGUGAUGGAAUAUGUCCGCCAUAAAUUUGCAUGACGACGAAUGUUGUGCUGCCCCUCAGUCGCCUCCUAAUUUGACACUGCGCACGCUGGCAAAAGGGUUUAUUGGAUGAACACGGAUGGCAAGUCAAAGUCUGCUUUAUUGUCAAUUUGUUCACAAGUCACGCCUUGCGCAGUGCUUCUUCACUUUUUCGAUUCGUGUGAUAUUUUGACUUGAAUGGUUGCAUCCCUAAAGCCACACCGGUGACAUCUAUUGAACACUGGAUAUGACUGGCACUACUCUCACCGCUGUUACUUUUUGUCCAAAAUGACAUUCAAUUUAAAAAAAAUCUGUGCAUUGAACAAGAGUUCUUUGUUGGUGUCUAUCUAAAAGUGCUUUUUGUCUUCAAUUUGUUUUGUUUUCAAAAUAAAAGAAUGUCGUGUGUGA